UCUUGCGUUUCCUUCUAGGAGCCAUGAACUUUCGCACUGUUCCCUGAGUAACGUCGCCUCUGCGCGCGCGCGCAUGUGUUCCUGAGCGCUGCGGAGACGCGCAGACAGACAGCUUCCUCUGGAUCAAACCGCAGCGCGCGCGCUAUGUCUGUUUCUUUACGCUUAACGCUCUUUAUUUGACUUGUCUUGUAGCCAGAGAGUUUCCUGGAUGCAUCUGUGGGAUUUAAUGGCUGUCAUGUUUAUUUACUGAAGAGUGUUUAUUUCACUGCUAUCAUGGAUACUAUCGGAGUUUCAUUUCUAGACCCGCUGGAGGACUAUGAGAUCAUUCAGAGGAUCGGAAGUGGCACAUACGGGGAUGUGUUUAAGGCAAGGAACAUCAAGACCUCAAAAAUGGCUGCUAUUAAAAUUAUUAAGCUGGACCCGGGAGAUGACAUCACAUCUAUUCAGCAGGAGAUCACCACAAUGAAGGAGUGCAAGCACAAGAAUAUUGUGGCCUAUUAUGGCAGCUACCACAGAAACACAAAGCUGUGGAUCUGUAUGGAGUACUGUGGAGGAGGGUCAUUGCAAGACAUCUACCAUGUGACUGGGCCCCUAAAGGAGAAACAGAUUGCGUAUAUCUGUAGAGAAACUUUGCAGGGUUUAAAUCAUCUCCACGAAACUGGCAAAAUUCAUCGUGAUAUUAAGGGUGCCAACAUACUUCUUACUGAGCGAGGAGAUGUCAAACUGGCUGAUUUUGGGGUUGCUGCAGAAAUCAAUGCUACUGCAGCCAAGAGGAAAUCUUUUAUUGGAACUCCCUACUGGAUGGCCCCUGAGGUUGCAGCUGUGGAGAAGAAAGGUGGCUAUAACCAUUUGUGCGACAUUUGGGCAGUAGGCAUCACGGCCAUUGAGCUGGCAGAGCUGCAGCCACCCAUGUUUGAUCUUCAUCCCAUGAAAGCUCUGAUGUUGAUGUCCAAGAGCAGCUUUCAGCCUCCUAAACUGAAAGACAAGGCAAAAUGGUCUGCAGGGUUUCAUAGCUUUGUGAAGAUGUGUUUGACAAAGAAUCCUCGUAAGAGGCCUACAACAGAAACGCUUUUACAGCAUUCCUUUGUUACACAGCUACUGACCAGAAACCUAGUCAUCGAGCUGCUGGACAUGGCCAACAACCCAGAUCUCCACCAGACACCCAGCAUCGAGGACAGUGAUCAUGAUGCUAACGAUGCUACCCCAGAUAAGAUCCAGUCCAAGGGAAAAUGUUCACCAGUGGAGAGAAGUCUUUCUGAGGAACAGUUUGAUCAGAUCAAAUUUGCACCUCUGAGGAGGAAAGAGACAGAUCCUUAUCCAGAUCUGGAUUCAUGUGAUGACUGGAGCAUUUCGGGUGAUGAAACGGAGUCUCCGAGUCUCUUGGAAUGUGUGGAAGAGGAGCUGCAGCAGAGGAACCUCACAGUAAAAAAACAGUCAUCUUUUGAGUGGGGGAAGAGGAAAAGUGGCUUAUUCAGUCCUCCAGCAGUAUCAGCCACUGCAUCACUUCCUCCCAGAAGCAAUUUCAGUGCAGCUCAGCAGGGCACAGAUCAAACCCUGAGGCCCAGUGUUACCCUGAAGUCUGAUCCAACACUUCGGCCCAAAUCAGUUUUGAUAAGAUGCUCGGCCAGUCAUGAUGUGCGGCAGUGGUGCAGUGAUCCUUGCGUUCCUGAGAAAGAUGAUCAUCAAGACGAGCAGCAAAGCCUUACUGCCAGCAAGGACACAGCUCUCUCUCCUGAGUGGAGCACAAUGAGAAAGAAAGCAGAAGAUUUGAGAGCUGAUUCUCAUGGACUCCCUCCUACCCCCCAAGUCCAUAUGGGAGCCUGUUUCUCUAAAGUGUUCAACGGUUGCCCAUUAAGAAUCCACUGUGCUGUGACAUGGGUUUUACCAAAAACUAGAGAUCAAUACCUGAUACUGGGGGCAGAAGAGGGGGUCUACACACUCAACUUAAAUGAGCUUCAUGAGGACACGUUGGAAAAGUUACUUCCACAGAGAUGUACAUGGCUAUAUGUCAUGAACAAUGUCCUCAUGUCUGUCUCUGGAAAGUCAUGUCAGCUUUACUCUCAUCGUCUGAUAGCUCUGUUCGAGCAACGUGGACACAUCCAGAGGAAACCGAGUCACUUAUCCCUCAGCACCAACCGCUUCACUGACCGAAUCAUCCACAGGAAAUUUGCAGUGUCACUGAAAAUCCCAGAUACUAAAGGCUGUCAAAAGUGCAGUGUUGCUCGUAACCCGUAUACUGACAGCACAUUUCUUUGUGCGGCUGUGCCCUCUGGACUCGUUCUGCUCCUGUGGUACGAGCCCCUGCAGAAAUUCAUGCAUCUAAAACACAUAGCUGUAAGUCUGCCUGAGCCUCUGGUCAUUUUUGAACUGCUGGUUUUAGUCACAGAUGAGCUUCCUCAGCUCUGUGUAGGUGUGAGGGAAUGCCAGCCAAGAAGUGAUGAACCUCAGACAAAGCAACAACUAAAAUUUGACAUAAUUGAACUGAAUGGCACGCCAAAUUCUAAUUCAGCUAGUGAAUGUGUGAGAGCAGGGCAAGUAACACAGAUGGACAGAGAUACAGUCCUGAUUGCAUUAGAAAAAACAGUGAAGAUUGUCAAUCUGCAGGGUGUCCCAAGCAUGGAUUUAGCCUCAGAAAUGGAGUUUGGUUUCCCUAUUGAGACUUUAGUUUGUCUACAAGAUAGUGUUUUGGCUUUCUGGAAACAUGGACUUAAAGGACGCAGCCUGCACAAUUGUGAGAUAACACAAGAAAUCACAGAUGAAACUCGAGUAUUUCGGGUUUUAGGCACAAACAGAGAUAUUGUCUUACAAAGCACCCCAACUGACAACCCUUCAUCAACCAGCAAUUUAUAUAUUUUAACUGGUCAUGAAAACAGCUACUGAAAGGAGAGAAACAACAAGGAGAGACAAGGGAACUAGAGCUGGAGAGAUGUACCAAUAUCAUUCUGGAGUAAUAUAAAGUCCGUCGAGUAAAGCCUUAUUUUCACCUGUCUGAAGUAUAAACCUUCAUGCUCUGUAACAGAUGGACAAUACACAUGAAAAACUCUUCUGUACUUUAGAUGUCUACAUAAAGGAAAAAGCCUGUUGGUCUGAGUGUUGCUGAAGACAGCAGUUUGUCACCUGCUGAUUGCAUUUGUUUCUUCAAGGAUAAUAUAACAAUACCAAAUCAUGUCAGCACUGACAAAUGCAAAUUUUAUAAAUGCACUGAAAACCCCAAAGAGAGCUAUGGAGGACUGUUUUAUGACCAUUCGUUCUGCCAUUUGUGUCCUUGCACCUUACUUUAUUAUGAAAUGGUUCAUUUUAAGAUGGUACACUAUGAAGACAUGUAUGAAGCACCAUCAGUGAAGUCACAUCUGACUGGAAUACAAACAGACUGAUUCAUAAUUGAUUUAUAUGACAGCAUUUAGUGUGAUGGAUAACACCUCUGCAGACCUUCAUGGAAAAAAAAAACACGCUAAAAGACUUGCAUAUUUAUUGAGUUAACUGUUUCUUAACUGCUGUUUGACUACCUGCUGAUAGUGGCACCAGUGGGAUCUAAUCCUCACAUAAUCUAUACUUAAAGCAACUGAUGCAACUGCA